UAUACAUAUAAUCUGUGGUAAUAAUUACAAAUUUUCUUUAUAUAAUUUUAUUACUUUAUUGUAAGUUAUAAAAAGUCAAGUAAACCGACUUAUACUAUUAUUUCAGUGUUAUUAAUUGAAUUAAAAUCUGUGUUUUGUAAUUUUGUAUGGUGCGCGUAAGUAGUUUUUUAUCGUGGUCAAUUAAUGAUGUAUUUUUACUGAGAACAUAAUAUUACUUAGUGAGUAAACCACUUUAAUAUGGAGUCAAAGUAUAUUGAACUAGAUGACAAUGUCUUAAAUCAAAUCCUGAAAACUGAAACUGAUCUACGUGACUACUCGCAAGAAGUAGAAAGCACUUUGAAAAAUCACGAAAACCUCGCUAUCGACAAGUAUAUCAAGUCUGGCGAACACAUAGUGACGUUACACAAAAAUUUAAAUGAAUGUGAAGAUAUAUUGGAACAUACCGAGUCGGUUUUAUUUACAUUUCAAGAGGAACUGCAAAAUAUAACCAACGAAAUCAAUAGAUUACGACACCGAUCCAUUGUCAUGGCACAACAGCUUUGCAACAGACAAUCAGUAAAAGGUCUCAUGCAUCAAUUUAUUGAAGAUGUAAUUGUGUCUGAGAGUCUUAUAUCUGCUAUUACUACGUGUUCUGUUACCGAUGAGAAAUUUUCGACACACUUGUCAUUAUUAAACUAUAAAAUUUUAUUUGUCGAUGAGCAAAACUUUAAAGAUGUAAAAUCACAAAACGAUGUAAAAGAUGUUAUCGACAGCUUGAAAAUUACAGCCAUCACUAAAAUACACCAUUUCAUUCUUGAACAAAUAAAUAAGUUCAAAAAACCUACAACUAAUUAUCAUAUACCUCAAAAUACCUUAUUUGAGUAUAAAUUUUUGUAUGAAUUUUUGCUUAAUCAUAAUUCCACAAUAGCUCAUGAAAUAUUUAACAAUUACGUAGAUGCUGUAAGUAAAGUAUAUUAUACUUAUUUUAAAUCCUAUCUAAGCUACUUGCAGAAAUUUCAAAUCGAAGAAGCUGCUACAAAAGAUGAUUUAUUAGCUGUCGAGGAUUCAACGUCUCGGUCAAUAUUUCAAAAGUCGAUGAAAAAAAAUACAGUAUUUACAAUCGGCAAUAGAGCUAAUGUCUUAAACGAAAUUGAUUCUUCAAUUAUUAUUCCACACCAAAACCACCUUACAAAUUUAUCGUUUGAAACGGUGUUUCGCUCAGUUCAGUAUGCUCUUGUAGAUAAUGCUUGUCGUGAAUAUAAAUUUGAUUGCGAAUUUUUCAAAGUUGAUCAACCUACAGCUCAAGGAUAUUUUUCACAAAUAAUGGGAAAAACUCUUGGAUUGCUCAUAAAAGAUUUGGAAAAUUUUGUAGAAAAUUGUUAUGAUGCUUUAGCAUUGUUUUUGUGCGGCCAGUUAAGUAUGCGUUAUCAGGCUCUUUGUCAGAAGCGAUUAGUGCCCGUUCUUGUUCAGUAUUGGGACACUAUGCUAGCAAUGAUUGGAACUCGUUUCAGAUUCAUAUUAAAACGUCACAUCCGAAGUGUUAAGGACUAUGAUAUAUCUAAAUUUAACAAAGAGAAAAAACCACAUUUCAUCAUGAGACGUUACGCUGAACUUGUAUCGGCUAUAGUUUCGUUCAGUGAAAACAAUAAAUGUGAACCGAUACUCAUUGGCAGUUUAACCGAAGAAGUUUUAGGAUUUGUUUUGCGUCUCGCUUCUAUGUUUGCCACGCGCAAAGACCGUUUGAUAUUUUUAAUCAAUAACUACGACUUGGUGUUGCGUAUCUUGAUGGAACGGAUUAGAGAAAACACUUUUGAAGUGGAAAGAUUCAAAGAAGAAUUAUCAGCCAGAAGUAAAGACUAUGUGGAUGAAGUACUGCAUGUGUAUUUUGGAGGAAUGAUGGAAUUUGUUACAGAUUCUGAAAAUGGCCGAGAUACAGAUUCAGACUCCAGACAGUUGGGAUUGGCUAAGACAUUGGAGUCUACCUGGAAAAUGUCUCUAGAAGAGAUCAAUAAGGAGAUACUUCCAUCGUUUCCAAAUUUAACAACGGGUGCAUCUCUAUUGCAACUGGCCUUUUCACAGUUUAUUGAAUACUAUCAUCGAUUUCAAAAAGCCCUACUACCUCCUAAUAAAGCGCAAUUACCUAACAUUCAUGUAAUCAUGAUAGAAAUUAAAAAAUAUAAAACAAACUAUUAAAUAUUAUAAGAAGUUGUUAUUAAUUGUUUAAAGAUAUAUUUUUAUUAUUAAAUGCUAAAUUUUAUAAAAAAAAAAAAUUGUAAUAAAUGUAUUUUACUUUCAAGAAAGUACACAAUAUAAAUCUAUUUUAAUUAUCAUUUACCAUCUUUGUGUAUUCCUAAAAUGAGUUCUA